UAAGACGGCCCCUGGUGGAGCAGGUGAGGCGGGACCAGAUGGGAUGGCAGGUGAGAGGCGGAGCCGGGUCUGGAGGGGUUGGACCAGGUGAGAGAAUGAGGAAUGGGGCCUGCGAUACGGAGACCGAUAGCCCGGGACCCCGUAUCCUCAGCGCGGGGCUGCCCCGGGCCCUAUCAUCAUGGGGCCCCGACCCAUCCUCCUUGGAAUAGACCUGCGAACUUCGCCACCCCUGUAGAACGCGCUCUGGUUCCAGCCUGUCCCAAGGGCCGGCCGGGCCGGCUUCAACUCCAUCUCCUGAGCGGCGAGUUCGACCAGCUGCGAGACUUCCCCAUCUUUGAGAGCAACUUCAUGCAGGUGACCCGGUUAGGAGAAGUUGUCAACAAAGUCACCAUGGGGGUGGCAGCCUCCAGUCCAGCCCUGGAACUCCCAGACCUGUUGCUUCUGGCGGGCCCUGCCAAGGAGAACGGACGCCUGCAGCUCUUUGGGCUGUUCCCCUUGCAGUUCGUCCAGCUCUUCGUCCACGACGAAAGCCGCUGGCAGCUCAAAGUCAAGUUCCGCACCGGCCGCGCCUUCUACCUGCAGCUGCGGGCCCCGCCGGAGACCCGCGACCGCGAGUUCGGCCAGUGGGUGCGUCUCCUCUACCGCCUGCGCUUCCAUUCGGCCCAGGGAGCCGUGCCCUUCACGCAGGAGUACUCGUGGCUGGAGGACGAGGAGGAUGAGGAGGAUCAAGAGGACGAGGAUGGGGAUCUGAUGGAGCGGGAGGAGGUGGGGAGAGGAGGGGCGGGGCUGCAAGGAGGCAGGAGGUGGGGCAGGGGCGGGGCUCCUGGGCCUGAGGGAGGCGGAGCUGGGGAUGAAAAGGUGGAGCCUGGACUCCUGGUUCUGAAGAAGGGGCUAGAGCCUGAAUGCCUGAGUCAGAGUGGAGGUGACCAGGGGCCCGGACUCCUCCGUCCUGAAAGGGGUGAAGUCUGUGCUCAGAGGACCCGACGAUCUCAAAGCAGGGCCGGGUCUGCAGGGCCUUGGUGCGCUAGCGAAAGUGGCUGUAGUUUCCUAAUUGGGCAUCCUACCACAGUGGGAUCUGGGGAGGGAAUGCCAGGCCCUGAAGGAGUGGGGUCAGCCAGGCCAGAUGCCCAGUUCCCUGGAAGGCCUGGGGAGGGAAGAGGCACCAGUCCUUGAAGGUGGGGACCGUGGAACCUAUGGGACCUCUUCCUCUUGGGACACUUGGCUCCCCUGCCUUCUCAGGACGUCCAUAGUCCCCAUCCAUCCACCCACCCACCACCAAACUGCAGAUACAUCCGCAGUCAAGGCCUCUGAGACAAUCUCUUGUCCCCAGCUUCGAGACAUGGAAGCCAGACUUGACCCACAGUCCUCUGAACUCUGGGGACUCUGAUUCCUCCAACAUUCUUUGAGGUCACUAAAAGAUCAGAGAUCAAAGCGUAGCCUACCUCAGGGCCGGACAGAUGAGUUAAUGUUAAUAAAGAUCGGCCACUUAAGAACCAACAACCCAGUCAUAAUCAAAUUUCACCAUCGUCACCAGUGCAGUGGGGCUGCCUCGCAGGAGCAGCUCUUCCAGUAAGGCUGCCUCAGGUUGGUCCCCGAUUCAUCAUGUCUGGCUGCUCCCGCCACCACCAAGACCCAGUGUCGACUCCUGGCUACCUCCCUAGAGUAAGCUUCCUAGGCUGGCCUUUGGUUCAUCUUUGCCUGCAGCUGACCUGCCUCCUCCCAGCUCGUAGGAGCUAGUCUAAAGAGGGCUGCUGUCCACAAAGUCUUGGGUUCAUCUUGGGUUGUAGUUUCCAUGGCAACAUGGUAGCCUCACUGAAGUAGCUAUCCAAGACCGCGGCCCCAGUGUGGUCGGGUUUUAUCAAGGUAGCCGUAUCGCGGUUGCCAUUCCAACUUGGCUGUCCCCAUCACCCACCCACCCCAGGUGACUAAGCCCUACAGGACUAGGAAGGCGGUGCCACAGACCCAAGAAGUACAGACACGUGCAAGUCUAAGGCAAGACUAUUAUCUCUG